GUUGACUGUCAAUAUGACAUCGGAUCGACCUUCCAGCCUUCUUGGCAGAAGCACUGGCGGUCUGCAGCUGAGUCAAUGCCACUUCUUUAUCAGCACCUGUCGUUCGGCUAAAAUGGCCCCCAUCCCUGACUGUUGAUAGCAGCUCUCACCUACUUCGGUACUAUACUAGUGACAUGCGCCGUCGAACUGUCUUUUUUGUGGAUCCGGUGCGACACCCGCACGUUUUCUGUAGUCAUCCAGCGGAGGAAUAGGCCGAGAAGUCGGACAGAUCACGCUGAGCCCGAACUGGACACCGGUUCUCAGCAAAGCCUCGCGCUUCCGUGUACCCCGAUGGCAGCUCUCAAUGGACCAAUUUUCAUCCGCCGUCCGAGGCCGUUUCCCGCCGAGAGCGCGGCACACUUGCACACACGAGGCUGGAUCCGAACGCAGCCAUGUCUCGCUAAUUCCGUCGUCAUCACUCGUGCUGGGUGGGCCCCUUGUGAUACUCGAAGGUUUUCCUUUUCUACCCACACGGUUCCCGAGCUCAGCUUAAAUUUUCUGUCGGUUUCAGCAAACCCAGUCCCGCAUGUAACUAGAUCAUAAUUCCCGGGCAACGUCCUAUAAGCGAAUAUGGACGGGACCCCUACGCCCAAAGACAUGCCUGGCGGCUUUCCAGAGACGCCUCUCAAUGAUACGCCUGCUAAUACACCUCAACGUCACUUUCCAUUGGGCAGUGCUGAUUCUCGCACACAUCAUAACGGCUCGAGUUCCGCUGCACGGAGUCGGGUCCCUUCAUCCUCAAGACUUGAGCCCAAGGACAGGGUGCCAAGCGACGACAGCAUGCCGUUGUCAGAAAAGACUCUGUUUCAUGACCAGGGCGCAAUCGCGGCCGGGACAUCGAACCAUGUUGAUGAUCGAGAGCGGGAAGAGUCGUUGAAGAUGUCGAGCCCAUCCGAUUCCGACAUUGCUGAAGACGAGGAGACCCAAUUUGCGCCCAUGAAGACUGGUGCAGACUCCCGGCCACCACUGCAGUCGAGAAGGAGCAAUGUGCAGACAGAAGAGGACCUCUUCCGUGUUCUAUCGCGCCGCCGCACGGGCACCUCAGCCGCCGACACUGAGGAUGAGAACCACGAGAUCGAACGGCUGAUGUCGCGGAUGUUCGGCAAGGCCCGGCAGGAGCAGAGCGAGGAGGAAAACACACGGCACUCGGGCGUCGUCUUCCGGAAUCUCACCGUCAAGGGAGCAGGGCUCGGCGCAAGCCUGCAGCCUACCGUUGGUGAUCUGUUCAUGGGGCUGCCAAGAUUUGUGAAGAAUCUGGUGACGAAGGGACCCAAGGCUGCCACAGGGAAGCCCCCAGUGCGCGAGAUCCUCAGCGACUUCAACGGCUGCGUGCGACCGGGUGAAAUGCUGCUUGUGCUUGGCCGACCCGGUUCAGGCUGCUCGACCUUCUUGAAAACUUUUUGCAACCAGCGGGCCGGAUAUGUCGAUGUUGUCGGGGAUGUCACCUACGGCGGGACAGAUGCGAAGACCAUGGCCAAGGAUUUCCGCGGUGAGAUCAUCUACAACCCGGAGGACGACCUCCACUACGCGACUCUUUCGGUCCGGCGCACCCUAACCUUCGCCUUGCGCACGAGGACACCCGGCAAGGAAUCUCGGCUGGAGGGCGAGACCAAGGAGGACUAUGUGAACGAGUUCCUGCGCGUGGCCACAAAGCUGCUCUGGAUCGAGCACACACUGGACACUAAGGUCGGGAACGAGUACGUCCGCGGCGUCUCUGGCGGCGAGCGCAAGCGUGUCAGUAUCGCCGAGGCCCUCAUAACCCGAGCCAGCGUCCAAGGCUGGGACAACUCGUCCAAGGGUCUCGACGCGGCCACCGCCGUCGAAUACGUGCAGGCGCUGCGAGCAUUGACCAACAUGGCCCAGGUAUCGACUGCUGUCUCUCUAUACCAAGCUGGCGAAAGCCUGUACAAUCUCGUCGACAAAGUCCUGGUCAUAGACGAGGGCCAAUGCCUGUACUUCGGCCCUUCGGACGACGCCAAGAAGUACUUCCAAGACCUGGGCUUCGACUGCCCUGCGCGCUGGACCACGGCGGACUUCCUCACCUCCGUCGUCGACCCGCACGAGCGCAGUGUUCGCCCCGGCUGGGAGGAUCGCAUCCCCCGCUCAGCUGCUGACUUUGCGGCUGUCUACAAGAAGAGCGAGGCCUACAAGAACAACCUCGUAGAUAUGGAAGAAUUCGAAGCGAAGACUGCAGAGCAGCAGCGGCAAAUCAGCCAGAACUCGACCAAGGCGAGCAAGAAGAAGAACUACACCAUCUCCUUCUACCAGCAAGUUAUCGCUCUUACCAAGCGACAGUUCCUCGUUCUGCUCGGAGACAAGGCCUCACUAUUCGGAAAGUGGGGCGGAAUCGUCUUCCAAGGAUUGAUUGUGGGCUCUCUCUUCUUCCAACAGCCGAACGACACUACAGGUGCCUUCACCCGAGGUGGUGUUCUCUUCUUCGUCCUCCUGUUCAAUGCCCUUCUCGCACUGGCUGAGCAGACCGCCGCCUACGAGUCCAAACCCAUCCUACUGAAGCACAAGAACUUCUCCUUCUACCGCCCUUCUGCCUAUGCUUUCGCCCAGACUCUGGUGGACAUUCCUCUGGUUCUGACACAGGUCUUCAUCUUCGACGUGAUAAUAUACUGGAUGUCGGGACUUGCCGCGACGGCUUCCCAGUUCUUUAUCUCCAUUCUCAUCCUUUUCACGGUUACAAUGGCCACGUACGCAUUCUUCCGCUCCAUAUCAGCUGUGUUCAAGACCCUCGACGAUGCCACCAAGGUCACCGGAGUGUUUAUCCAGAUCUUGAUCGUAUACACUGGCUACCUGAUCCCGCCGUCCUCAAUGCGGGUGUGGUUCAGCUGGCUGCGCUGGCUCGACUGGAUACAGUACGGCUUCGAGGCCCUGAUGUCCAACGAGUUCUACAGGCUGGAGAUGAAAUGUGUGACGCCGUAUCUUGUGCCUCAGGGCCCGGGAGUGCAGACGCAGUACCAGUCGUGUACGCUGCAGGGAUCCAGGCCUGGGUCUGAUGUCGUCUCGGGCGCGGACUAUAUCCAAGAGAGCUACCAGUACACGCGGAGCCACCUGUGGCGCAACUUUGGUAUCAUCUGGGCCUUCUUUGCUCUCUUCCUUGCUAUCACCGCCGUCGGGAUGGAACUCAUGAAGCCGAAUGCAGGAGGCGCCGCCGUCACUGUGUUCAAGCGUGGACAGGUCCCGAACUCGGUCAAGGAGUCCAUCGAGACUGGAGGUCGCAAGGGAAAUAUGUCGGAUGAGGAGUCAGGGGCCGUCAAGGGCAGCCCCGGCUCUGGGCCUGAGGUUGAUGUGGUUAAGGAGCGGGAGGAGAAGGACAAGAAGGCGAUGCAGAACGUCGCCAAGAACGAGACGGUGUUCACCUUCCAGAAUGUGAAUUACACGAUUCCUUGGCAAGGCGGUGAGAGGAAGCUGCUCAACAGUGUUUCUGGCUGCGUUCGACCUGGCCGUCUCACUGCGCUGAUGGGUGCGUCUGGCGCAGGCAAGACCACACUGCUCAACACCCUGGCCCAGAGAAUUACUUUCGGCGUUGUGACGGGUGACUUCCUUGUUGACGGCCGAAAGCUGCCCAAAUCAUUCCAACGUGCCACCGGUUUUGCCGAGCAGAUGGACAUCCACGAACCCACUGCAACCGUCCGCGAAGCACUGCAGUUCUCAGCCCUGCUCCGUCAGCCCCGUGAGGUCCCGAAAGAAGAGAAAUAUGCCUACUGCGAAACAAUUAUCGACCUCCUCGAGAUGCGCGAUAUUGCCGGCGCCACGAUAGGACAAGUCGGAGAAGGACUCAACCCCGAGCAACGGAAGCGACUCACCAUCGGCGUUGAGCUUGCCUCCAAGCCAGAACUCCUCCUCUUCCUCGACGAGCCUACAUCCGGCCUCGACUCCGGCGCCGCGUUCAACAUUGUCAGAUUCCUGCGCAAGCUCGCCGACGCCGGCCAGGCCAUCCUCUGCACCAUACACCAGCCCUCCGCCGUGCUCUUUGAGAACUUUGACGAGCUCAUCCUGCUCAAGUCAGGCGGCCGCGUCGUGUACGCCGGUGAUCUGGGCAAGGAUAGCCAGACGCUGAUCAAGUACUUCGAGUCCAACGGCGGGAACCAGUGUCCACCAGAUGCCAACCCGGCCGAGUGGAUGCUGGACGUGAUCGGGGCGGGCAACCCAGACUACAAGGGCCAGGACUGGGGCGACACGUGGGCCUCGUCCGCCGAGUUCGAGGCACAGAGCCGCGAGAUCGAGCAGCUCAAUGAGAAGCGGCGCACGGUCGAGCACUCCAAGAACAUCCAGGACGACCGCGAGUACGCGAUGCCGCUGGCGACGCAGAUCGGGGCGGUGGUGAGGCGGGCGUUUGUCAGCUACUGGCGCAAGCCCAACUACAUCAUGGGCAAGCUGAUCCUGCACAUCUUCACGGGCUUAUUCAACUGCUUCACCUUCUACAAGCUGGGCUACAGCACCAUCGACAUGCAGAGCCGGCUCUUCUCCAUCUUCAUGACGCUGACCAUCUCGCCGCCGCUGAUCCAGCAGCUGCAGCCCGUGUUCCUGGCCUCGCGCAACAUCUUCCAGUCGCGCGAGAACAACGCCAAGAUCUACUCGUGGCUCGCGUGGACGACGGGCGCCGUCAUCGUCGAGAUCCCCUGGUCCCUGCUCGCGGGCGCCGUCUACUUCAACUGCUGGUGGUGGGGCAUCAUGGGCUGGCGGCCGUCGUACCAGGGGUUCCCCUCGGGCUUCACGCUGCUGUGCGUGCUGCUCUUCGAGCUGUACUACGUCGGCUUCGGCCAGGCCAUCGCGGCCUUCAGCCCCAACGACCUGCUCGCGUCGCUGCUCGUGCCGGUCUUCUUCCUCUUCGUCGUCAGCUUCUGCGGCGUCGUCGUCCCCGCGCAGCAGCUGCCUUACUUCUGGCGCAGCUGGAUGUACUGGCUCACGCCGUUCCACUACCUGCUCGAGGCGUUCCUCGCCGUCGCCCUGCACGACCAGCCCGUGCGGUGCGCCGACGGCGAGUUCGCGCGGUUCUCGCCGCCGCCGGGGCAGAGCUGUGAUGAGUAUGCCGGCGGGUAUAUCGCCCAGGCUGGCGGGUAUGUGCGGGAUGCGCUCGAUGGGGCUGGUGGGGGCCUGUGUGAGUACUGCCAGUAUGCUACUGGUGAUGAGUUUGGGAGGGGAUUUAGUGUGUAUUACUCGCACAUCUGGCGCAACUUUGGGAUCGUGUGUGGGUUUAUCGUGUUCAAUUUUGCGGUGGUGUACUUGGCUACUUACCUGAAGUUCAGGGGCAGGAACCCCUUCAAGGGGAGUCUGGCGAAGUUGAGGGGAAGGAGGUAG